CAGACCUCUCAUAUCAGACAUUGGAUUUUAAAACCAUCCCCAGAUACGGCACCACUGGCCACCGGGUGCAACCUGCUGCAAACAUGAUUAAGAAAAUGUCGCCUUCUGAGAAUGAGUUCGACAUACCGCCCAAGAAUUGCCACAGGAUGGUGAUUCUGGGCUCCACUAAAGUUGGGAAAACAGCCAUCAUCUCUCGGUUUCUCAACGAGAGAUUUGAUGACCAGUACACACCCACUAUUGAAGACUUUCAUAGGAAAUUCUACAGCAUCAGAGGGGACGUUUACCAGCUCGAUAUUCUGGACACAUCUGGGAACCAUCCCUUCCCUGCAAUAAGGAGACUUUCAAUUCUCACUGGUGAUGUGUUCAUAUUGGUAUUCAGCCUGGACAACAGAGACUCCUUCCAAGAAGUGCAGCGUCUGAAGCGCCAGAUUUAUGAGACCAAGUCCUGUCUGCGCAACAAAACCAAAGAGAACGUGGAUGUCCCGCUUGUCAUAUGCGGCAACAAGUGUGACAGAGACUUUUACCGCGAGGUGCGGGACGAAGAGAUCGAGAAGCUGGUUGGUGGAGAUGAUCAUUGCGCCUACUUUGAGAUAUCAGCAAAGAAGAACACCAACGUUGACCAGAUGUUUCAGACUCUCUUUACCAUGGCUAAGCUGCCAAACGAAAUGAGCCCCGACCGUCACUGCAAAGUUUCCCUGCAGUACUGCGACGUUCUCCACAGAAAGUCCUUCAGAAAUAAGAAGUGCAAAGAUGGGAACGCAUAUGGGAUUGUGGCGCCGUUUGCACGGAGACCAAGCGUGCACAGUGACUUAAUGUACAUAAAAGAGAAAGCUGUAGGUGGCAGUCAUUCCAAAGAAAAAGGCUGCGUUAUUUGCUGACAGCAUAUUUGAAUGUGUGCAAGAGACUUUCUGUUAGAAUGAGCUGUGACCAGUUAGUCUGCCUCCAGGAAACAUGAGACCAUAAACUGUUGACACCUCGAACUGAUUUUAGACACUUGCUGCAGUAGAUGUCCUGAAAAUGCCAUAAAGCCUUGUGCAUAGACUUUCUGAGGGCAGCACAGGAGAGAAAAAAAGUUUACAUUUUGCUAUUUUUUUCAGUGAAACUUGAAUGUUUGUUGCAGAAUGAACAAAUUUGAUUAUACCUGUGUAUUUAUUAUGUCCAUGUCAACUUUUGCAUUGAAAAAAUAAAACACUUGCUACUUUCAUAGCCUGUCAUCCUCUUGUCACUCAAUUGAAUAACACGGCUUUUCUGUGCAUUACAUAAAGCUCUA